AUGACAACUUCAGCAGAGAAUCCUGACACAAAAGCGCCAUGGAAAAGUGUAUGGUCACCGAGUGUCUUCUACAGGCCAGAGAAAGAAACGUUCAACUUUGCUGGUUAUGAGAUCUGCAUUUAUGAAUCCGUGGGUUCUUACGGUUCCAUGAUCUGGCCAGGGGCGGUCGCUCUGUGUACGUACCUGGACACACCAGCAGGCCGACAGCAGGUUAAUCUACUGGAAAAAUCAGCCAUUGAGAUUGGAGCAGGGACUGGACUAUUAGCAAUUGUGGCUACUCUCCUUGGUGCCAAGGUAACGGCUACUGACCUGCCAGAGGUUCUGGGGAAUCUGAGAUUUAACCUGUCACGGAACACCAAGCAGCACUGCCGGCACCCAGCCCAAGUCGCAGCUCUCUCCUGGGGAGUGGACUUGGAGAACAGCUUCCCCCGCUCCACUCAUCAGUAUGAUUUCGUGCUGGCAGCUGAUGUGGUCUACCACCACGACUACUUGAACGAACUGUUGGUCACCAUGCGCCAUUUCUGCCAAGCAGGAACCACCCUCGUUUGGUCCAACAAGAUUCGCUUUAAAACCGACUUGACUUUUAUCGAGCGCUUCAAAGAGGCCUUCCACGCCACGCUGCUGGCUGAAAACGAUGAGAUACGGAUAUACAUGGCCACUGCACGGGAGGCACAAGCAGAUUCUGGCCAAACCAUGCAGACCGUGGGGCAGGAGGAGGAGAAAGAGCAAACUGUGAAAGAGGAGAUAGAUGUGUGUCCUGUCGAGGACGUGUCGACACACACCGAGAUAGAAGCACUUGAGGAAGAGAAAAGGCACAGAUGUUCAGAGAUAGAAGCAUUUGAGGAAGAGAAAACGCAGGGAUGUUCAGAGAUAGAAGCACUUGAGGAAGAGAAAAGGCAGAGAUGUUCAGAGAUAGAAGCAUUUGAGGAAGAGAAAAGGCAGAGAUGUUCAGAGAUAGAAGCAUUUGAGGAAGAGAAAAUGCAGAGAUGUUCAGAGAUAGAAGCAGUUGAGGAAGAGAAAAGGCAGAGAUGUUCAGAUGAUGAAGUGGAAGGUAGAGUGCAGCAGGACAGAAAUGCAGAAAAUAAACAUGCGGACAAAAAUAUCCAUGAGAAUGCAGAGAGGAGAGGAAGUGAGAAAACAAAAAUAGAUGAAUCUGAUGGUCAGCAGGGAGAUGUUCUGGGAACAGAAGGGUAUUGUACACCAGAGGUGAGCUAUGACGGAAAUCAUGACCUGAAGGAGACGGUUUGUGGAGAUAAGGACUCAGACAAACGUGAAGAACGACCAAGUGGAGAUGAAGGUGAUCGCAACAGCUCAGCACAGCAAGUAGAAGAAGAAAACAUUUUGACAACCUCUGAGAACGCUGAUACAAAAACGGCCUCUAACAGCGUAUGGUCACCGAGUGUCUUCUACAGGCCAGAGAAAGAAACGUUCAACUUUGCUGGUUAUGAGAUCUGCAUUUAUGAAUCCGUGGGUUCUUACGGUUCCAUGAUCUGGCCAGGGGCGGUCGCUCUGUGUAGGUACCUGGACACAGCAGCAGGCCAACAGCAGGUUAAUCUACUGGAUAAAUCAGCCAUUGAGAUUGGAGCAGGGACUGGACUAUUAUCAAUUGUGGCUACUCUCCUUGGUGCCAAGGUGACGGCAACUGACCUGCCAGAGGUUCUGGGGAAUCUGAGAUUUAACCUGUCACGGAACACCAAGCAGCACUGCCGGCACCCAGCCCAAGUCGCAGCUCUCUCCUGGGGAGUGGACUUGGAGAACAGCUUCCCCCGCUCCACUCAUCAGUAUGAUUUCGUGCUGGCAGCUGAUGUGGUCUACCACCACGACCACUUGAACGAACUGUUGGUCACCAUGCGCCAUUUCUGCCAAGCAGGAACCACCCUUGUUUGGUCCAACAAGAUCCGUUUUGAAACCGACUUGACUUUCAUAGAGCGCUUCAAGGAGGCCUUCCACACCACGCUGCUGGCUGAAAACGAUGAGAUACGGAUCUACAUGGCCACUGCACGGGAGGCAGAAGCAGAUUCUGGCCAAACCACGCAGGCUGUGGAGCAGGAGGAGGAGAAAGAGCAAACUGUAAAAGAGGAGAUAGAUGUGUGUCCUGUGGAGGACGUGUCGACACACACCGAGAUAGAAGCACUUGAGGAAGAGAAAACGCAGAGAUGUUCAGAGAUAGAAGCACUUAAGGAAGAGAAAAGGCAGAGAUGUUCAGAGAUAGAAGCAGUUGAGGAAGAGAAAAGGCAGAGAUGUUCAGAGAUAGAAGCACUUGAGGAAGAGAAAGGGCAGAGAUGCUCAGAGAUAGAAGCACUUGAGGAAGAGAAAACGCAGAGAUGUUCAGAGAUAGAAGCACUUGAGGAAGAGAAAAGGCAGAGAUGUUCAGAGAUAGAAGCAUUUGAGGAAGAGAAAAGGCAGAGAUGUUCAGAGAUAGAAGCACUUGAGGAAGAGAAAACACAGAGAUGUUCAGAGAUAGAAGCAUUUGAGGAAGAGAAAACGCAGAGAUGUUCAGAGAUAGAAGCACUUGAGGAAGAGAAAACGCAGAGAUGUUCAGAGAUAGAAGCACUUGAGGAAGAGAAAAGGCAGAGAUGUUCAGAGAUAGAAGCAUUUGAGGACGAGAAAAGGCAGAGAUGUUCAGAUGAUGAAGUGGAAGGUAGAGAGCAGGACAUAAAUGAAGAAAAUAAACAUGCGGACAAAAAUAUCAAUGAGAAUGGAGAGAGGAGAGGAAGUGAGAAAACAAAAAUAGAUGAAUCUGAUGGUCAGAAGGUAGAUGUUCUGGGAACAGAAGGGUAUUGUACACCAGAAGUGAGCUAUGACGGAAAUCAUGACCUGAAGGAGACGGUUUGUGGAGAUAAGGACUCAGACAAACGUGAAGAACGACCAAGUGGAGAUGAAGGUGAUCGCAACAGCUCAGCACAGCAAGAAGAAGAAAAAAGCAUUUUGACAACCUCUGAGAACGCUGAUACAAAAACGGCCUCUAACAGUGUAUGGUCACCGAGUGUCUUCUACAGGCCAGAGAAAGAUCGCAACAGCACAGCACAGCAAGAAGAAGACAAAGACAUCAACGCAAACAUAUCCAGUGGACUGAGGGAAGGGGAGCAUCACUUGGAAAAGGAUGACAAGAAAUAUGAGAACAAAGUGGAUACAUCGCCAAUACCAUAUUGUAGAACAAGUGAAAAGAGUGGAUUAAACUGUAAGUAUUUUCGUCUGUUAUGGUUGUGA